CACGAGGCCCGUGGGCCCAAUAUGAAUGAAAUCAUCGUUUAUUCAGUUUCACCUGCUGAACUAACCUGAAAAGUCAAGGGUUUAUAGCGAUUCUACUGUUUUCCAAUUAACGAAUUUCAAUUUCUAAUUUUUUUGAUUACUCGUAGCGAUUAUUUGGUUUCUAUGGAGGAAGAUUCUCGUACCAGUAGCAGCAAUACCAGCCAUUUGCUCGGAUCAGUUCCAGCUGUCAUUGUUGAUCAAAAGAAUGCUUCAAACAAUCAAGUCCCUUAUGCAAAUAUGCAAACAUUCCCUCCCAAUAGUGGAGGCGGAGGCGGUGGUGGACAACAGGGAUAUCAAACUCUUGGAACUCCAACUGAUGCUUUUGGGCAACAGCCAGCUAAUAACUGGCAGGGAUUCUUUAGUGUCUCAUCGUACACACAGUAUUUCAACGUGGAUACAGACGUUGUCGUGAACAGAUUGAUAAGCUCCUUGAAUCCAGUCGGUGAUGACUUUUUUGCCAAGAUAGAUGCUAACCCUGAUCUGUAUGGGCUUAUAUGGAUCUCAACAACAUUGGUUUUUGUACUUGCCUUACUUGGAAAUUUUGCAACAUACCUAAUGGAAAAACAUACAAAUAACAGAACAUCAUGGAGCUUUGAUGUUAGCUAUGUGAAUACGGCGGCAUGGUCUAUAUAUGGCUAUGUGAUAGUGGUCCCGUUGGCAUACUACUUUUUCCUUCAGUAUAUGGGUUCAAAUGCUAACCUUGUACGGUUUUGGUGCUUGUGGGGGUAUUCCCUCACCAUUUUCAUCUUGUCUUCUUUUCUAUUGCUUAUUCCAGUUGAGAUUCUUCGGUGGAUCAUAAUAAUCCUUACCGGUGGUGCCUCAGCUAGCUUCGUUUCUUUGAACCUAAGGUCUUUUAUAGGAAAUGAUCUUUCAGUGGCCAUAAUUGCUGCAUUUUUCUUGCAAAUAGCUUUGGCCGUCUUCAUCAAAGUUCAGUUCUUUGAAUAAUUAAUUCAAAACAUUGCAGUAGUGAAAAAUAAAGCUCGAGCCACCAUCACCUCUACUUCACGCCACUCACUAGCUGUCUGGUGUUUGUGUUUUUUUGGGUUAGAUAGAUGCAAGAAGAGUUAACAGAGUAAUGUGAUAGAUUGUGCUCCCGGAAUCAGCUUGGUGACCACCUUUGGCCAAAACCUUGUGAUUGACCGAUAUUUGGGAAGGUGAAGAAGUACAAAGAUUGAUGCAAUGUUUGAGCUCUCCACAAUUUUGUAAAUAACUGACCUUGUAUUUUGCUGUUUUUCUGAAACUGAAAAUGUGAUAGAGACCCCCACAUAUUCCCAGUGGAGUGGGAAAAUAUAAUGCAAAGAAUUUAUGUGAGGAGAUGUCUUGCUGUUUGCUUACAAGUUAUAUUUUUCCUUUAGUGUAUCAGUAUCUUCUUACAAUUACUUAGUAGUAAAGUAGUUAGUCGGAAUUUUAUUUAUUUAAAAUAGUUACAAAAUGAUUUGUUUAUUUUUA